AUGGGCUUUAUCUCGACCCGAUUGUGUUCAGGAGCACGCGCUGUGUCUCCAGCGUGUAUGAACAUCUAUGAAGGAAAGCUAUAUGAGCUGCCGCAUUAUUUCACGACGGAGGCUAGGCAGCAAUGCCACUGUGCAUCCAGCCAGGGAUGCUUUGAAGUCAUCAUUGCAUAUUUCGUGUACAUUAUACCCUUCUUGUCUCUCUUAUGGGAAAUGGCUAACUGGUUCUACAAAGGAUUCUCUUUUUUUGUGGCAUCCUGGGCAUUGCGUACGGCACUCGAAAUGUUGAUCAGACAUCUGGAGCACCCACAGCAUCCUGAUCAAGAUCUUGAUGAUCGUCCGUUGUUUAUGGUCGUCUGA